AUAUUCUAGGGACUGUUGAAGAAAUAUUCUUUCAUUUACUCGGCGCUCAUUUUAGCGAAUACACUUUACGGGAUGUCGGUCCAGGUUGGAGCUAUUGUGGCGAUCGUUCUUCUCUUUGUUGGCAUCAUACUGCACAUUGUAGGGCUGGCCACGCCCGAAUGGAUGUUGAUAAAAAAUAAUGAACUUACUAUUGGGCUUUGGCAGGCCUGCUCGCAUGGCGUUUGUUUGACAUUUGCAGAUUUUCCUAUCGCAGGCUUGGACAGUAUAAAAGCCUGUGAAGCCAUGGCCAUAAUCGGAAUGCUAAUAAGCUUUGUUGCUAUAGCAACAGCUGGAAUUGCUGUGUAUCACAACAUUACUGGAAAGGAAGCGAGUGCUUCUUUUCAACAGAUUGCAACUGCCACUUCCGUUAUUUCAU